CUCUCUCAAACCGCAAAACAGCCAUGGCCACGUCUCCCUCUCCCCCAUCUGCUCCCUUCUCAGCCAGCCAACCAUCAAUCACGAGCUCGAAUCCCAACGCAACCAAAUCCCAUUCCUACAACUACUCUUUCUUCCUCUCUCUCUUACAAACCCACAGCAAAAACGCAAAACACGUGAAAUCGAUCCACGCCCAAAUCCUCAAAACCGGAUUCGAACACAACAUCAAUCUCUCCACAAGGCUCCACGAUUUCUAUGCCUCGCAGCGUAGCUCAAGCGCUGCCCGAGCUGCCCGGUCCCUUUUCACGUGCAUAGAAAAGCCGGACGUGCUUUCAUGGAACCUCCUGAUCAAGGCUUGCUCCAAGAACGGGCAGUUCGGGCAGUGCAUGGAGCUCUAUGUGGUCAUGCAACGGGCUGGGUUCGAGCCGGAUGGGUUCACCCUCCCUUGCGUCCUGAACGCCUGCGCCGGAUUACCAUCGCUGCCCGCCGGGCAGGCGGUUCAUGCCCGCGCCGUGAAAUCCGGGCAUGAACGUAGUCUUUAUGUGAAUUCGGCAUUGAUUCAUAUGUACGCCCAUUCCGGCAAUGUCGAUCAUGCAAAGCAGGUGUUCGACGAAAUGGGUGGCCGGGAUUUGGUGUCGUGGAAUUCAAUCGUUAGCGGGUUCAUGAAAGAGGAUGCGUGCGAGGAGGCUCUGAUGGUCUUUUCCGAGAUGCGGUUCUCGGACGUGGAGCCGAACUGCACCACAUUCUCAAGCGUAAUUCCAGCUUGUGGCCGGCUCUCAGGAGUGCAGCUCGGGCAGGCCAUUCAUGGGCACGUGAUUAAAUCGGGUGAGGAUGUUUGUGGAGAUGUCUCGGUGAAUUCAUCUCUUGUGUUCAUGUACUCCAAGUGCCAUGACAUGGACUCUGCAGGAUGGGUCUUCGAGUCCAUGCCCGAGCGGAAUGUGAUCUCUUGGAAUUCUAUUCUAUCUGGCUAUGUUCAAAACAAUCAAGAGGGAAAAGCUUGGGAAUUGUUUAAGCAAAUGCAAGUUGAAGGGAUUGAUGCAAAUGAGAUUACAUUGACUACCAUGAUCAUGGCCUCAAAUGGCCUGAUAGAGGGGAGAAUGAUGCAUGGUUAUGUAAUCAAAAUGGGAUUGAUGGAGGAAGAGAUUGUAGGAGCUGCUCUUAUAGACAUGUAUGGAAAUUUUGGGAGUUUGAGAGAUGCUAGGAGUGUUUUUGAUGAAAUUCCAAGAACUGAAAUGGGAUCUUGGAAUUCCAUGAUUUGGGGCUAUGUGAGAAAUGGGCAACCUAGAGAAGCUCUCAAUAUCUUCCUCUUGUUGAGGGAGAUUGGACUGAAACCAAAUUCAAUCACACUAGUAGGAGUCUUGAGUGCCUGUGCAAAUCUCGGGUUACUGCAACAAGGGCGCACUGUCCAUGAUUACAUCGUCGAGAGCAGGACCAAGGUGAAUUUGAUUGUGGGUACUGCAUUGAUUGACAUGUAUGCCAAGUGUGGGACAGUAGAGAUGGCUAGGGAAAUUUUUGAGGGGAUGAAGGAGAAGGAUCUGGUGACAUGGAGUGUGAUGAUAUCUGGCCAUGGCUUGAAUGGACAGGCGAAAGAAGCCAUUGAUCUGUUCCAUCGAAUGGUGGCCGAUGGAUUCCAGCCUGAUAAUGUUGCCUUCACCUCAGUUCUAUCUGCUUGUAGCCAUGCCGGUCUGGUGCAAGAGGGGUGGGACUAUUUCAAUAAAAUGACCCAUGUUUACAACCUCACACCAAAGAGCGAGCAGUACGCUUGCAUGGUCGAUCUAUUGGGACGAGCGGGCCGUCUUCAUGAGGCCCUUUCCUUCAUUGAGGAGAUGCCGAUUGAACCCGGAAUCUCCGUGUGGGGCGCAUUGUUGGGUGCAUGUCGAAUUCACAAAAACACAGAACUAGGAGCUUAUGCAGCAGAGAAGCUUUUCAAAUUGGAUCCGAAAGAUGCAGGUUACUAUGUGUUGCUUUCGAAUCUCUAUACAUCUGCAGGUCGAUGGGAGGACGGGACCCGAGUGCGGGAACUGAUGAAAACCAGAGGCCUCCAGAAGCCACCUGGUUGUAGCUGGGUUGGUCUGAAUGGCAGGGUUCAUGAAUUCUACGUGGGUGACAGAUCACACCCUCAAUCUGCUGUGAUAUAUGAGAAGUUGGAAGAGUUGGGGUGGAAAAUGAAAGAACUUGGCUACGUUGCUGACACGAACUUAGUGCUACAUGAUGUGGAGGAAGAGGUGAAGGAAGAUAAACUUAGUAGCCACAGUGAGAGGCUAGCCAUCGCCUUUGGAUUGAUCAACAUGGGGCCUGGUGAGCCGAUCAGAGUGACCAAGAACUUGCGCGUGUGUGCGGAUUGCCACCAUGUUACGAAGCUUAUCUCGAAGAUCACUGGACGGAAGAUCGUUGUGAGAGAUGCGCAUCGAUUUCAUCAUUUUGAGAAAGGUGAGUGUUCUUGUGGGGAUUAUUGGUGAUGAAUUCCAGAUGUUGGAUUGAUCAUCUUUUCUAAAAUUAUCUCUAAUUCUGUAUGAUUGGUGAUUCAUUUAUUAAAACCAACCAGAUUGACCAUCUGAAUUCA